AUGGAGCACAAGAACUAUACAGUAGUUACAGAGUUUGUUCUCUUGGGAUUGUCCCAAAACCAGGAAGUCCAGAUGAUUCUUUUCUUCUUCUUCCUGCUCUUCUAUAUGAUCAUUCUGCCAGGAAACAUCCUUAUCAUUCUCACAAUUUGGGGGGAUUCCAAGCUGGGCUCACCCAUGUAUUUUUUCCUGGCCAAUUUGGCAUUCUUGGACAUCUGCUACUGUUCUGUGACCCCACCCAGAAUGUUGGCUGACUUUUUCUCACACCGUAAGACCAUCUCCUACAGUGCCUGCAUGGCCCAGCUUUUCUUCCUCCACUUCCUGGGAGCAACUGAAGCUUUCCUGCUCAUGGUCAUGGAAUAUGACUGUUAUGUAGCCAUUUGCAAACUUCUUCACUACACCAGGCUUGUGAACAGGGGGGUAUGCUGUGUCCUGGUUGGAGCUACAUGGGGUGGGGGCUUCAUCCAUGGCAUCAUUCUGUUUGCUCUCAGCAUCCACCGCCCCUUAUGUGGUCCUAACAUCCUGGACAACUGCUUCUGUGAUGUCCAUCAGCUGGUCAAGUUGACCUGUGCCAACACUUACAUAACAGAGCUUUUGAUGUUCCUCAACAAUGGAGUUGUUAUUGUUAUGUGUUUUACACUUCUCCUGAUUUCCUACACUGUCCUGUUGCUGAAGCUCUGGACACAGUCCUCCAAGGCAAAGAACAAAGUAGCCUCCACCUAUGUUUCCCACAUCAUUGUGGUUUUUGUCAUGUGUGGCCCAGCUAUGUAUAUCUAUGGUUUACCCUUCCAAGCUGUCCCAAUGGAAAAAGUUGUUGCUGUUUUCCACAUGGUCAUCUUCCCCUUGACUAAUCCUAUGAUCUAUACCUUGCGUAACAAGGAGAUCAAAGGCUCGAUGUGGAAGAUGAUCAGUAAAUACAUAUUUUGCAUCGUGUUCAGCAUGCCUGUUCUGUGUAGAAGGUUCUAUGGAUUUGUAGGAGACCAUGAUCGUGUAAGGAUUGCUGGGUUGAAGCUGGAGAAUGGGGCACAGAAAAGAAGAGAGGACUGGUGA